GGCGGUAGGCAUGAUGUCAUUAUAGAAGCGAAGGGAGCUGCACUCACUGGGAGCAGAAACCCAGACUGGGAGGACGGGUUUGGUGUAACGUGCUGGAUAAAGGCCGUAGGACAGACUGGAAGGCUGCGGAGUAAAUCAGUCUGGGGUGAAUCCCCGUCCGUCCGCGAAGUGCAACCAUGGAGGAUUAUGACUACCUGUUUAAAAUAGUGCUGGUAGGAAACGCAGGUGUGGGCAAAACCUGCCUCGUCAGACGCUUCACUCAGGGCCUGUUUCCACCUGGUCAAGGUGCCACUAUCGGGGUUGAUUUCAUGAUCAAAACUGUGGAAAUAAAAGGGAUGAAGGUAAAGCUCCAGAUCUGGGACACAGCAGGCCAGGAGAGGUUCCGCUCCAUCACACAGAGUUACUACCGCAGCGCUAAUGCCCUCAUCCUCACCUAUGACAUCACCUGCGAGGAUUCCUUCCGCUGCCUACCUGAGUGGCUGAGGGAGAUCGAGCAGUAUGCCAACAACCAAGUGGUGACAAUCUUAGUUGGGAAUAAGACUGACUUGGCUGAGAGGCGUGAGGUCCCCGUACGGAGAGCAGAGGAGUUUGCUGAGGCACAGAGUAUGUUGUACCUGGAAACAUCCGCCAAAGAGUCAGACAACGUGGAGAAGCUGUUCCUGGAUCUGGCCUGCGAGCUGAUCCGGGAGGCCCAGCAGAACACGCUGGACAACACAGACCGAGCCCCUGUGCCAGGAGAAGGGCUUCACUGGCUGGAACUGCACCUUCAGUUGGCUUACAGCUUGCACCGGUCUAAAUUCAUCAUACAGUCACUUGGGUGUAGGCUGUUGCUGAACUUGCAUUGAAUUUCCCAGGUUCCCUGAAGCCAGUUUUAGGUGCAGGCUGACUAACCCACCCUGGAUGAUUAGGGCGCAUUUGUCUCAUGAACCCUCUGUGGCCAGUGCACUUAAAACGAUUCAAUUAUAAACACUAUGGAAAUAAGCAUUUGUGCAUAACUAGGGCUCUUGAAUGAAGCCCAUGUCAACAUUCUGAUAAACUGUACUAUAUGAACAGUGUACGGUGGCACAUUUUAAUUGUUGGAUUUGAAAUGAAACGGGUGAUUAGUUCAGUGAUGUGAACAUUCAUAUUGGGUGAGCAUCUAGGAAUUGCAGCGCUUUUGGACGCUCUUUGGUCUUCAGGAGAGUAGGUGUAAUUGGACAGGGUCCUUGCGAGGCGUGUGUGCAUCAGGCCCGAGAGCAAACGCAAGCGUUGUCGUUGGUUCCAGCAGUGUCUCCUGCAUCCAGGAGUCUGUAACUGUUCUUGGCAAAUGAGGACUGAGUGGUAAUGAAGCAGAAAGCUCAUAAAGAUGAAACAUUAGCUGUAUUCUAAUCUGGUUUUUUUCUGGAGACAUAUGAACACAAUGCUAGUGCUAGUACACGACCUGAGUCUACGUCAGAGUGAUCACAAGAGAACAGGCUUGAAACAUGGAAGUGCUUUUCUCCCGUUCUUCAAAACAUGGUGGUCUUGGGCCUUCUUGGCUACCUGGGGAACUGGAUGUCUGUGACCACAGGGGCAACAGCAGGCUGAAUCUGUGUAGAGGAGCUAUUUUACUGUUCACAUCUAGCCAAAUACCUCCGAGGUUAUUGGCCACUGGUUCCUCUUGUAGCAGGACAGUCAGUCCAAAUGAGAAAGCCAGUGGGGUUAUUUAUGACUGAUUUCAGUUCCACUGAGCUUGCAUUUCACUUACUUGAGACUGCAAAGAAACUCUGAAACAAGAAGGAACUGAAAAAGAGUCUUGGUUGCAAAGGAUUUGCAACAAUUUCUAAAUACAACAGUUUGAUUUAAGGUUCUCAGGUUGCCAAUAACGUUUGGCCCCUGAAAUUAGCAGAACAUAAAGUGGUGUGAUUGCCAUGUAGUCCAGCAGGGACAUAAAUACUCUAACCUUUUGGACAUAAAUACUCUACCCCUGGGACGUAAAUACUCUAAGCCUUGGACAUAAAUACUCAUAAAAACUCACAUGCUAGUUAUGCAGUAAUACACCUGCAAACUGUCUUACUUCCUUCGUCCUGUGGAUGCCUUGGAGCGUCUUUACUAGUUUAUCAGUAAUUAUAGAUAUGAUAUUGACUCCUUCAUAUUUUAAUUCCUUUGUGUUAAAGUAGAGAACACAAUCAUUUCUGCAGGAAUUCUGUACCCAUGUUCCCUGUAGCUUUGGGAAUUGAGACUGUGUUUCCGCACACUGUCCUGUAAAGAGGGACAUGGUUCAAUCCUCAUCAGUAAAUGGCUACCUUAGAUCCCCAAAAUGUAGACUAAGUAUGAAAGAAACUCCACAUGUAGUUUAUAAUUGAGUAGAGACUUCUGUACCAUCACUCAGAGCCAGGAGCCUCUCAGUCUUUCUAAGUGCUGUUUAAAUGUCUUAAUGCCUGUUUCAUUCCAAAUUUUACCUCCCAACAUGUAGUCUAUAAGUAAUCUGUAUGAAGGUUUUUCAAAUCUUGCCUUUCUCUCAUUUGAAGCUAACAUUAUAUUAAUAUCAUAUGUUAACAUAUAUGAUGUAAAUAUAUAAUAUUAGUAUAUAGUGCAUAUAAUGGGAAGCUUUUUUUCUUUAGUGAAGUUUUGGUGCUGUGUGUUUAAAGCUUUUGACCGGGAGUGAGCACGUGGGUGAUCUGUUAUGUUUGUUUUUUUUCCCAGCACAGUCAGUCUUGGCGUUUUAUUACUUCAUAACAUAACAGGUUAAUUCUUCUUUUUUCAAUGUGAUGUGAUGUCAUGAAGGGUUUGUUCCUGCUCUGUUCUUCAUUGAUGUUGCUGUGCAUCAGUUUGAACCCAUUGGAUCGUCACCGCCAUGUCGAUAUGACUAUAUUCUCUGGUUGUUUGCACCUGUACUACAAUGGAACUGUGAAUCUCAUCUUUUGUAAAUUGUCAAUGUUUUACUUGCUGCUAAAAAGCAUGUACAUUUCACUUUCUGAUUCAUUUUUACUCGUACAUUUGGAAGAGAGUGAAAACAGCAUAGAUAUGCCUCUUAGGAUUAAGAAUGUCUUGUCUCUUUUUGGUUGUGCCAUCUGUGAUAAGGAUUCAGCCAUUUUGUUUAUUGAAUUUCAACAGACCACACAACCCCUCUUCCAAAUCCAUAAAUAACUUGUGGUCUGCUCAGUGACAUAAUGAUGCUUUUAAACUCUGGAAUCGUUUGAUUUGAUCUAGCCUUUCCUUUGACUGCAUCAUGUUUGUGUCGACAUUGAUACCCUGUUAGCUGUUACUCUAUUAUGGCCAUAUUUUAUAUUAACACAUUUUUAUUUCAAAGUGAGUACCUUUUCUAAUCGUGUAUAUACACUGUUUUGUAUAUGCGCUGUGUCAUGUCAUGCACAAUAUGCUCUUUGUAAGGUAACUUGAUGGUUUUAUUUUACAGUCUACCAGUGGGACCUUGGUCCUUUCUUCUAUAUGUGUUAGGCCCAAAUUUACAGAAGAGCAUUCUAAAACUUUUUACAGGUUUCUUAAUCUUAACUAUUAUAUUUUUAUGAACCAUUUCAUUAUAUAAAAUCUAUUGUUCUCUAGGUGAUAAAUGUCCUUUACAUAGAGAGAAAGCGAUACCAUUUUCUUGGAAUGACCUUUUGGGAGUAUUAUCACAGUUUCAUGUUUGGAGACAAAAGGUAUUUUAGUUCAGACAGUUAUAUUUGAGCGGCAUGUUUUUGUUUUUUAAUUUUCAUACUGUGUAGAGUGCAAGUCAUAUAAAAACUCAAUUAAACACCAAGUUACGACACUAA